AUGGCGAAGCUCACCGGCCAGCAAGUCGCGCAGCACCACAGCAAGGACUCGUGCUGGGUCAUCGUCCACGGCAGGGCGUAUGAUGUCACGGAAUUCCUGCCCGAACACCCCGGCGGACAGAAUAUCAUCCUCAAAUACGCCGGCAGGGACGCCACCGAGGCAUUCGAGCCCAUCCACCCUCCCGACACCCUGGACAAGUACCUCGAUGCCUCCAAGCAUCUGGGCGAGGUCGACAUGGCCACCGUCCAGCACGACGAGAAGGUCAAGGACCCGCUGGAAAUCGAGCGUGAGGAGCGCGUCCGGAACAUGCCGCCGCUCGCCCAGUGCUACAACCUGCUGGACUUUGAGGCCGUGGCCAGGCAGGUCAUGAAGACGACGGCGUGGGCUUACUAUUCCAGCGGAGCCGACGACGAGAUUACGAUGCGCGAAAACCACUCGGCCUUCCACAAAGUCUGGUUCCGCCCGCGCACGCUCGUCGACGUGGAAAAAGUCGACUUCUCAACCACCAUGCUCGGCUCCAAGACCGCCGUCCCCUUCUACGUGACAGCCACCGCGCUCGGCAAACUCGGCCAUCCCGAGGGCGAAGUCGUGCUCACGCGCGCCGCACACCAACACGACGUCGUCCAGAUGAUCCCGACGCUGGCAUCAUGCUCCUUUGACGAGAUCGUCGAUGCCCGCAAGGGCGACCAAGUCCAGUGGCUGCAGCUGUACGUCAACAAGGAUCGAGCCAUCACACAAAAGAUCGUGCAACAUGCCGAAAAACGCGGGUGCAAGGCGCUCUUCAUCACGGUCGAUGCGCCGCAGUUGGGCCGUCGGGAGAAGGACAUGCGUGUGAAAUUCUCAGAUACCGGGUCCAGCGUGCAGGCGUCUGGCGGUGACAGCGUCGAUCGGUCGCAGGGCGCCGCCCGCGCGAUUUCGUCGUUUAUCGACCCCAGUCUCUCGUGGAAGGAUAUCCCCUGGUUCCAGUCCAUCACCAAGCUGCCCAUCAUACUCAAGGGUGUGCAAUGCGUGGAAGACGUGCUGCGCGCCGUGGAAGCCGGGGUUCAGGGCGUCGUGCUCUCGAACCAUGGCGGCCGCCAGCUGGACUUUGCGCGGUCCGGAAUCGAAGUCCUCGCCGAGGUGAUGCCUGUGCUGCGCGAGCGCGGGUGGGAAAAUAGACUGGAGAUAUUCAUUGACGGCGGCGUCCGUCGUGCAACAGACAUCAUCAAAGCGCUCUGUCUCGGGGCCAAGGGGGUUGGUAUCGGCCGUCCGUUCUUGUACGCCAUGUCUGCAUAUGGCCAGGAAGGUGUCGAGCGGGCCAUGCAGUUGCUCAAGGAGGAACUGGAAAUGAACAUGCGAUUAAUUGGCGCUGCGACAGUGUCCGAUUUGAAUCCGAGCCUGGUGGAUGCGCGCGCACUGCUGGGCGGCCACUAUUCGGCUGUGCCGUCUGACACGCUGGGGUUGAAUGUUUAUGAUCCGUUGGUUUCGCCGAGGUUUGCAGAGAAAGCGAAGUUAUAA